CCGUCCCUCCGGCCUCCGCCAUCUUCAACGUCCCCAUUGUUUGCAUCAGACUGCAGCCGCGCGGCGUGGACGUGACACACAAGACAUUUUUUUUUGUAGCACAUAUUUCCCUAGCCCUCGAACCUUCCCCGUUUGAGGUCAAAGCGAGACAUCUUGUAUGUCCAUUGAUUGAAGGCGCUCUCUGGAUUUGACCGCCAAACCUCGACGAUGGACGACGACCAGCCGAGAACCUUGUAUGUGGGGAAUCUGUCCAGGGAUGUCACCGAGCCCCUCAUUCUGCAGGUCUUCACACAGAUAGGACCCUGCAAAAGCUGUAAAAUGAUUGUUGAUACUUCUGGAAAUGAUCCAUACUGCUUUGUGGAGUUCUAUGACCACAGGCAUGCUGCCGCCUCAUUGGCAGCCAUGAAUGGAAGGAAAAUAAUGGGUAAGGAAGUCAAAGUCAACUGGGCCACUACGCCAGCAAGCCAGAAAAAAGACACAAGUAAUCACUUCCAUGUCUUUGUCGGAGACCUCAGCCCUGAAAUAACUACAGAUGAUGUCAGAGCUGCCUUUGGUCCCUUUGGCAGGAUGUCUGAUGCACGUGUGGUCAAAGACAUGGCUACAGGGAAAUCAAAAGGCUAUGGCUUUGUGACUUUCUUCAAUCAAUGGGAAGCAGAGAACGCCAUUCACCAGAUGGGUGGCCAGUGGUUAGGAGGGAGACAGAUCCGAACUAACUGGGCCACGAGAAAGCCUCCCACGCCAAAAACCACAUAUGAAAGUAACGCCAAGCAGCUGUCUUUUGAUGACGUAGUGAGCCAGUCAAGCCCCAGUAAUUGCACUGUGUAUUGCGGUGGUGUCAGCACAGGACUGACAGAACAACUAAUGAGACAGACCUUCUCCCCGUUUGGGCAAAUUUUGGAAAUCAGAAUUUUCCCCGAUAAAGGUUAUUCAUUUGUAAGGUUUAGCUCCCACGAUUCAGCAGCCCAUGCCAUUGUGUCUGUGAAUGGAACUUCAUUAGAGGGCCACAUAGUCAAGUGCUACUGGGGUAAAGAGAACACAGACAUGAUGAACCCGGUGCAGCAGAUGUCUGUGCCUCAGAACAAGAUGAGCUUCCCAGCAGCUCAGCCCUACAACCAGUGGGGACAGUGGUACAGCAACGGGCCUCAGAUUAGCCAGUAUGUCCCUAACGGGUGGCAGGUUCCCACUUACGGUGUCUAUGGUCAGGCCUGGAAUCAGCAGGGCUUCAAUCACUUACCGGCCAAUGCUGGGUGGACUGGCAUGAGCGCCAUCAGUAACGGUGGGGUUAUGGAGGCCGCACAGGGAUUGAAUGCGAGUAUGUUGGCCAACCAGCCCGGUAUGGGAGCCGCAGGAUACCCCACACACUAAUAAGGGGACAGAAACGGAGAUAUGUCAACCGUCAAGCCUUUUUUGGGGGGGAGGCAUUAAGAUGCCCUGCAGGGCUGCGUAUCACCACCUCCCCUUUUUUGGCUGGACUAAGUCUUACUAGGAUGUGGCUCUGAACGGGAAGGUUGACUUCUAUUGGAGAUGUAAAUGGGACUUCUUUGAGGGUAACGCCAGCCAGGGAGGAUUUUUUUGAGCCACGUGGGUUUUACACCCCCUGUGUUAGCCAAGACUGGCUAAAAUCCAGGGCUCUUACUGUUUUUAAAGGCCUACUGAAAUGAGAUUUUCUUAUUUAAACGGGGGUAGCAGGUCCAUUCUAUGUGUCAUACUUGAUCAUUUCGCGAUAUUGCCAUAUUUUUGCUGAAAGGAUUUAGUAGAGAACAUCGACGAUAAAGUUAGCAACUUUUGGUGCUGUUAAAAAAGCCUUGCCUGUACUGAAAGUAGCAAACAAUGUGCGUGUGACGUCACUAAUUGUGGAGCUCCUCACAUCUGAAUAUUGUUUACAAUCAUGGCCACCAGCAGCGAGAGCGAUUCGGACCGAGAAAGUGACGAUUUCCCCAUUAAUUUGAGUGAGGAUGAAAGAUUUGUGGAUGAGGAAAGUGAGAGUGAAGGAAUAGAAAAAAAAAGACUAUACAGUGGGAACGAUUCAGAUUUUAUUAGACAAACUUCCCAGGAUAAUUCUGGAAAAUCCCUUAUCUGCUUAUUGUGUAACUAGUGUUUUAGUGGGAUUAUAUGGUCGUACCAAGGGACGGCGUGGCGCAGUGGGGAGAGUGGCCGUGCGCAACCCGAGCGUCCCUGGUUCAAUCCCCACCUAGUACAAACCUAGUCAUGUCCGUUGUGUCCUGAGCAAGACACUUCACCCUUGCUCCUGAUGGGUGCUGGUUGGCGCCUUGCAUGGCAGCUCCCUCCAUCAGUGUGUGAAUGUGUGUGUGAAUGGGUAAAUCUGGAAAUAGUGUCAAAGCGCUUUGAGUACCUUGAAGGUAGAAAAGCGCUAUACAAGUACUACCCAUUUACUUGUACAACCUGAAAGUCGGCCCCGCACCUUUUUUCAGCACAAGUCGACGGGUGGUGGCGAUGCCCAUCCCUGCCCUUCGCAAGGGACCCUCUUCGAAACACGAUCUUUCGAAAUGACCGCUGCAUAAUUUGUUUACAAUCAUGGCCACCAGCAGCGAGAGCGAUUCGGACCAAGAAAGUGACGAUUUCCCCAUUAAUUUGAGUGAGGAUGAAAGAUUUGUGGAUGAGGAAAGUGAGAGUGAAGGAAUAGAAAAAAAAAGACUAUACAGUGGGAGCGAAUCAGAUUUUAUUAGACAAACUUCCCAGGAUAAUUCUGGAAAAUCCCUUAUCUGCUUAUUGUGUUACCAGUGUUUUAGUGAGAUUAUAUGGUCGUACUUGUACAACCUGAAAGUCGGCCCCGCACCUUUUUUCAGCACCAGUCGACGGGUGGUGGCGAUGCCCAUCUCUGCCCUUCGCUAGGGACCCUCUUCGAAACGACCGCUGCAUAAUACACUGUACUUUGUGUGUGUGUGUGUGUGUGUGUGUGGUCCAAUCCAACCGUGUUCACUUGACCGCUCUGUUCCAUGGUAAAGCUUCACCGUCAUCUUUCGGGAACAAUGAAACACCGGCUGUGUUUGCGUUGCUAAAGGUGGCCGCAAUACACCGCUUCCCACCUGCAGCUUUCUUCUUUGACGUCUCCAUUAUUCAUUGAACAAAUUGCAAAAGAUUCAGCAAUACUGUGGAUUUAUGCGAUGAUAACAGAGGACUUAUAGCUGGGAACGGUGCUGGAACAAAAUGUCCUCUACAAUGCGUGACGUCACACGCACGCGUCAUCAUAUCGUGACGUUUUAUUAUGAUACUUUCCGCGCAAAAUUUAAAAUUGCAAUUUAGUACACAAUGUUAAUAUUUCAUCAUUGAUAUAUAAACUAUCAGACUGCGUGGUCGGUAGUAGUGGGUUUCAGUAGGCCUUUAAGUUAACUGCAAAUGACUUUUUUCCCCCCAGGAUUUUACAAAUUGCUUCCACUUUCUUUUGUUUAAAAAAAAAAAUUGAAUUUUGCUAAGUUUUUUGAGGAAUGAAAAUGUCUAUUGCAGGGAUUGUUGCCACUGCCGUUUUCUCCGUAAAGGCAGAUCAAUAUUGCACAGGUUUCCCCCUUUCUUCUUCUUCUUGAGCAAUCUACCAAAAUGAUAUAUUUUUUUCGGACAACCUCGAAUCUCUUUUUAGCCUCGUGUAAAUAAGUCUUCAAUCGAAAAUGAUGUAAGUCGAAUGCCGCCGUUGAGUGCGGGCGCUUGCUUUUUAUUUAGCUCGGCACAACUUUGCAGUGAACUCCCAUAAUGUGCGUAGCAGAACGGCUCAGACAAAUGUGACACAGGAUUCUUCCACGCAGGGACUCGGAUAGCAUCGCCAUGCAGUGCGGGCUUCAAACGUUCGACACAAACAUGUUGGACUCUUGUUUUUUCUAUGGAUGCCAGUAUUUUAUAUCAAAAGUCAAGAGGAUGGUUCAACCUCUACACCUGCUCUGUUUGUCAUUGGCCUACAUUGCUGUUGCCUUACGGAGCUGCUUUCUUUUAGCUAAUAAAAUACUUCAAAUUUUUUUUUU